UUUCUUGUAUCUUCUUCUACCAUUGUUGUUUGCAGACCUCCCAUUCUUUGCUUCUAUCAACACCACACCUCUUUCUCUCUCUAACUUUUCCUCUCUACAGUCCAGAAAAUCCCUGAAUUUUAAUAUUACUGCAAAAAAGAAAAAGAAAAAAAGAGCAACUAUGUCUUCUCCAAGCAAAAGAAGAGAAAUGGACUUGAUGAAACUGAUGAUGAGUGAUUACAAAGUGGAAAUGAUUAAUGAUGGGAUGCAAGAGUUCUAUGUUGAAUUUCAUGGGCCCAUUGAAAGUCCCUAUCAUGGAGGUGUUUGGAGGAUUAGGGUUGAGCUUCCAGAUGCUUACCCAUACAAAUCUCCAUCAAUAGGCUUUAUAAACAAGAUAUACCAUCCCAAUGUUGAUGAGAUGUCAGGAUCAGUUUGUCUUGAUGUGAUUAAUCAAACUUGGAGUCCAAUGUUUGAUUUGGUGAAUGUUUUUGAGGUGUUCCUCCCACAGCUUCUGUUGUACCCGAACCCUUCAGACCCCCUGAACGGAGACGCUGCUUCUCUAAUGAUGCGAGACCGAGCUGCAUAUGAACUUAGAGUUAAAGAAUACUGUGAGAAGUAUGCAAAGCCAGAGGAUGCAGGAGCUGUUCCUGAAGAAAAGUCAAGCGAUGAAGAACUGAGCGAGGAUGAAUAUGCUUCAAGUGAUGAAGCAAUGGUGGGUGAAGCAGACCCCUAGUUGCACUUGCAGUUGCAGUUGCAAUUUCUCAUUCCACUCAAUUUACUGUAAUAUGUACAUUAUCACGUAAAGUAGGUCUGGUUGAAUCAAUGAAUCCCCAACACUAAAAUUAGUCUGUUGGGAAUUAUUUGUCGGGGGGGGUGACCGACUGUCCCCAAGUUCCUUUCAUUUGGUUAAUCCGUGUCAUUGUAAAUAUAUGUACCUUUUUUCUAUUUAUGCUCAAUUGUGUACUUGUUCAGGGUCU